AAGGCUCUCCUACAGCAUCGUCCUCUUUUCUAACCUGUGAGUCUAUGUGGCAUUAAAUUAAUUGGUUAUUAAAGAUGAGUAAACAUUCUUAAUUGACCUUGGAUAUGCUCUGCAGCAGUAGCACGUGUUUUUCAAGUGAGGCAAGUGGAAGAUGUAAUUUGAACCCGCAUCCAAAUGCGUGUGAAUAGAGGGAACCCAUAUGUGUGUCAACAGAGGGAAAGAGGCUUUUGGGUUUUGAAAAGAAAAAGGGAUCAGAGAGCGUUGUUUCCGAAGGGGGUCGAAAAGGACCGAAACAGGGCUUGAAGAACAGAGUUAAUGUCGAAGAUGGAGGAUCUUCUGAAAGAGUUGGUGAUUCCAAUCCUGUUACAUCUACCGGCAGAAGAUCUUGUCCGAUGCAAAAGCGUUUGCAAGGCAUUAUACUCCAUUAUUACGAGUCGCCCAUUUAUUGAUGUACGCCGGAAGAUAAGGAAUUCUUAUAUUCUUGUCAAAUACGAGGAGGAUCCUAUUAAUCGCCAUCAUGCCAUCUCUUUACUUUCUGAUGAAACCCUUGAAAUCAUUGAUACCCAACCAGUAUUCGACAUAAGCAAUGAGGUAUUCGUAACAACACCUUUGCCUCUUCCUUGUAUAAUUGAAAGUCAUGACUGUAGGAAUAGACUUAUGUUUCAUAAUAAAUCCCUUGCUCUUGAUCAUUGUGUUAAAGAUAGAAAUAAUGAUACAGAGACCCAUAACAUUUGGGUAUUGGGUGAAUAUGGUGUCAAGGAGUCAUGGACUAAUCUAUUUGAUGUUGGACCCUUUGAACCCUGUACUAAGAGUAGAAGUGGGUUUUGGAACAACAAUAAGGUUCUUCUCCAAGUAAACGGAGGUGGAUGUCGUCAUCAUCUGAUUUUGGUUGAUCCUUCCAACCGAAAAAUUAAAGAUUUGGAUAUUCAAGGGACAUUAAUGCAGCUCUUUCACUGCCAAGAAAGAGUAGUUCAAAUUAUCGCAUGUCCUCCUAUCAACUUAUUUUAAUUUAGCUGUUUCUCUUUUUGUUUGUUGGUCUGAUUGUUUUUAAUUUAGCUAUUUAUAUAUGUUUCUUUUUGGUCUGAUCAUCAUGGAUAUAGGAUAGGAGUCAAUAUUAACUUAGUUUUCAUUGGUGUAUCUACUAUCUCGGACUCAAAGCAUUGAUUCAGACUAUAUAUCAAUAAAGCUUUAAGU